AAUGAAGCACGCCUCGAAGUUCAGCUCAGCUCCAAACAUGAUGAUGUACAAAUCGACAGACGUGGGACGAUCUUCACUUCUACCUAGCAUUAUCAAACAAUAUACCUAGCUCUAACGAACUAAGCCAUCCCCAUCCCUGGUAAACAAACGGGCCAGCCAUCGCCCAGCGCCCAUCAACCAUGCCAUAAUCUGCAGGCAACAAGCGCCAGCACCAACCAAACGCGAAAAGCCCAUGCAAAACGCAAUACACCGCAACACAACGGCAUUGCACCGCACUGCACUGCAAUGCUACCCGACCCCAAUCCCUCCCUCCUUGCGAACCGUUAGAUCGCCCCCGGAAAAAAAUUCCGCACAUAGAGUAGGUACUGGGUAUUUCCAUAUAUAUAAUUGUUUAAUUCCCCGCUCCGGUCCCGCGCGCUUCACGGUAUCUUCCUCAACCAUGCUUGUACGCACGCACAUACGCACGCACGCACGCACCGUACAGACGCAACGCGCACUCGCUGGGCCAAAACUACACACCUAUCACCCCCCGACAUGCCCGGGUUCCCAUUGGUGUGUGCCUGGCCUGAAUCACAAAAAGCUCCCGCCCCGGAUUUACACACCUAGACCAUCUUACCAGUGUGUGUGUGUGGGUGUGCGAUGCAGUGCAGCGCGGUGCAUCUCAGUGCAGAGCAGUGCGGUUGCUGCACACAUGGUCUGAUCUGGUCUGACCUGGUGUGAUAUGUACAAAUUUGAUAUAUCAAACCCCCCCCCAUCGAUGAUUUGAGUUUUUUUCUAGAAGAGCCCAGACGCAAAUGCAAU